AUGAACACAACACUCAACCAAGCGAGCUGCUCCCUGAAUUCUUCAGUGGAGCAGCACAUGUAUCCGGCUGCCUAUUCUCUAUUUUUUAUUGUUGGCUUUUCGGCUAAUUGCCUGUCUUUGUAUGUAGCCUGGAUGUUGAUGAGGAAAGGGAACAGCAUGGCAGUCUACCUCAUCAACCUGUCCAUCUCCGAUCUGCUGUACACAAUCUCUCUGCCUGUUUGGAUUGAACUGGCUCUACAGCGGCCUGUGGGUGAUGGUCUCUGCAGCUCAGUAGCUGUGGUCAUGUACAACAGCUUUUAUGUCGGCUCAGGCCUCCUUUGCUGCAUCUCUGUUGAUCGCUAUCUAGCAGUGGUCUACCCUCUGCACUUUCACUGGGUCCGAGAGUUGCAGACAACAACAGUUGUGAGUAUUGCUGUAUGGACUUUGGAGAUUAUCGUCCACAUUAUCCUGCUUGACCACACAGGGGCACUGCACGCUUUCUCCUCAAGACGCUUGUGCCAGGAGCGAAUACCUAUGACCGGAGAAGAUGCCAACUUCGCCUUCACGCGGUUCAUCCUGGGUUUCUUGGUCCCAGUCAUCAUCAUGACCUUUUGCUUUCAGCAGAUCAUGCAAUCACUCCAACAGAGCACCUCCAUCCUGGCAGAAGAGCGGAAGAAAGUGGGGCUGCUGCUACUGUUCCUCUAUCUAACCUACAUAGUGGCCUUUGUGCCCUACCAGACUGUCAUGCUGCUCAGGGCCAUACUGGAGCCCGGAUCCUGCACGUGGGCAUCAUGGCUCAAAGAUCCAUAUUUGGUCACAGUUGCUACCACCACCAUAAACAGUACAUUGGAUCCUAUAAUAUACUGUUUAAUCAGUGACAGUGCCAAGAAAGAGAUAAGGAAAGCUGUGGAGAAGUGUAGGGAAGUUUUUAUGUGGAAGAAAGUGUCAAUGGGCUCUAGGAUUCUGUCAGUUUCGUUUAAACAACAUCAUUGA